CUAGUUAAUCCUCGGUAGGAACGAACACAGUGACUAUAAACGGAAUUCGAUGAAAGGUUCAUUAAAGUUCUGACAUCAUGGGGAUGAUAAUAUCAAGAUUUCGUAAAAAGAAAACAACAAUUGAAAUUUUAGAGGACCUUGAUGCGAAAAUUAAAGAGAUAGAAAGAUAUGGACAUACUACAGAACAGAGACAUAAAAAAAUUGUUGGAACUCUUAUUCUGUAUAGUGUCAUACUGUACAUUAUAUCAGCAUUCAUUUUCUACUUCUAUUUUUUUCCUGCAUCAUUAUAUGAUCAAAUAUUCUAUAUCAUUCCAUUGUUAAUCUUUCCAAUUCUAAUAUUGCUUACAAAAAAAAUGGUAACUUGGUAUUAUAAACGUAAAAUUUCUGAGAAUGAAGAAAAAUUGAGUACAAUGCGUUUAGAAAAACACAAAAUUCUAGAUGAAGUUACAGAAACUGAAACAUAUAAAAAAGCUAAAGAAAUUCUAUUAAAGUUUGCUCCAGAUCAACUAAGAAUGGCUCUUUUAUCACCACUACAGCUAUCUUAUAAAGUGACACCAUCAAAAACACUUCAAGGAUUUAGUACACCACACAAUGUUAUGUCCCCAAUGUCUUCUUCUGGGGAACUGAGAAGACGUGUAGUACCAAGUCAAAAUCAACCACUAAAUGUGCAAAGUGGCUCGCCUGGUAACACUGACCUUGUCCCAGUUGGCGUAGCUCCCACUCAGAAUCCAUUAAAUACACCUAUUCAGAGUGAUGUUAGAUCUGUUAAUACUUCAGUCAUGGGUUAUCGGACUCCUUUACCACGUCCGAUAUUACCUCGGCAAAGAACCUAUUUGGAUCGAUUGAUCGAUUAUCUUGUCGGAGAUGGUCCAUCCAAUCGAUAUGCAUUAAUUUGUCGAAAGUGUGAAUCGCAUAAUGGAAUGGCGUUAAAAGAAGAAUUUGAAUAUUUUGGAUUCAGAUGUUGUUAUUGCAACUUUUGGAAUCCUGCAAGAAAACAGAAAUCAGCUGCACCAAAAUUAGGCACUGAUACAACUGCUUCAAGUAGUACAGCACAGUUCGUUAUUCGUGAGGUAUUAGCUAGACACCGGUUGAAUGACAUGGAAUUAUCAAGUACAACAGAUACAGAUUCGGAUAUCGAAGUGGUUGAACGACCAAAGGAAGCGUCAGAAGAAUCUGAAUAUGUUGCCAAACCAAUAGAAAAUGCAUCUGAUGAACCGGAUGCUGAAGAAUCCGAAAAGAAAGAGGUGCAUAAUUGUGAAGACAGUGUUGAAAAAAUGGAUAUCGACGAAUCUUCCUCUUAACGAAAAUGUAUUUUGAAGCAAUUUGCGACAUGAAACUUUUUGUUAUGAAGUAUACUGCAAUUGGCGUUGUAGUAUAUAAGUGUAUAGGUAUAUAUGUAUA